CCCCGGCGCGUGGCACCGACGUCGCCGUGGAGACUGGGCGGGGUUGGACCGGAAGCGGAAGCGGCCUCCCCCCGUGACGCGGUGCCGGUUGCUUCCCCCCUCCCCCCAUCCCUCUGGCGAUGGCUCUGAGCGAGGCGGCCCGACUGCGGGCGGAGAUCGAGCGGAGGGAGCAGGAGCUAAGCGCCCUGCAGGGGCAGCUGGCCAGCGUCCUGGCGAAGGAGGAGCCGGGCUCGGAGCUGCCCACCUUGCAGGCCAGGGCCUCCCUCAGCCUGGCGGAGAUUCUGCGCUACAGCCGGCAGCUGGUGCUUCCCGAGCUGGGAGUGCGAGGGCAGCUGCGCCUGUCCCGCUGCUCCGUGCUGGUGGUGGUGACUUGCAAUCACUUAACUCCUACUUUGUAAAUAAUUGUUGCAGGUGGGAAGGGGGGCACAGCUGUGCCCGUCAUGGAGAAAGAUGUGGAGAUGAGUAAUCUGCACAGACAGGUCCUGCACGGGGAGGCCAGGGAAGGGCUGCCCAAGGCCUUGUCCGCAGCUGCCAGCCUGCGCCAGCUGAACUCUGCGGUGCAAUACGUGCCCUACCACCUGGCCCUGAGUCCCAGCACUGCCCUGGAGCUGGUCAGGCAGUACGACGUGGUGGCGGAUUGCUCAGACAACGUCCCCACCAGGUACCUGGUCAGUGAUGCCUGUGUGCUCGCUGGGAAACCGCUUGUAUCAGCCAGUGCUCUCCGGCUGGAGGGGCAGCUGGUUGUGUACAACUACCAAGGAGGACCCUGCUAUCGCUGCCUCUUCCCAAAGCCACCUCCACCAGAGACAGUGACCAACUGUGCUGAUGGGGGAGUCCUGGGCGUUGUGCCAGGCAUCAUGGGGUGCAUCCAGGCCUUGGAGGUGCUGAAGAUAGCUUCAGGGAUAGGUUCUGGCUUCAGCCAGUUCAUGCUGAUGUUUGAUGCCCUUGAAGGCAGAUUUCGUAACAUCAAAUUAAGACCCAAGAAAUCAGACUGUGCCAUUUGCGGUGACAGUCCAACUAUGACCAGCCUACAGGAUUAUGAAGCAUUCUGUGGUUCAUCUGCAACAGACAAGUGUAGAUCCUUACAUCUACUGACAAGCAAAGAAAGGAUAUCUGUAGAGGAGUACAAAAAGCUAUGGGAUGAGCAAGUCCCACAUAUACUGGUAGAUGUCCGUCCACAAGUAGAAGUGGAUAUCUGUUCCCUUGCACACUCUGUCCAUGUUCCUUUAAGUAAACUAGAGGGACAAAAUGAAGAAUGUUUGAAAUAUUUAGGAAAGAGAAUAUGUAAAGAAAAGCAAAGAACUAGUAGCAAAACAGCUUUCCCAGUAUAUGUUAUUUGCAAACUAGGAAAUGACUCCCAGAAAGCUGUGCGAGUUUUACAGGAGUUGCCUGACAAAGAACUUGGCUCUAUAGUAGCUAAGGACAUUCAAGGGGGGCUUAUGGCUUGGGCUAGGAAAAUCGAUCCAUCAUUUCCCCAGUACUAACAUUCUAAAUAUCAGAAAAGAAAUUAUCCUAAAUUUCUACUGCUAACUCGUCUAGGAUCAUGUGUGGUCUGAGUAACAAAUGUUCAAAAUGGGGAGGAUAUACCACAAAGUUAUGUAUUACAUGCUUUCCAUGUUAACUUCUAAUACAUUUGGUAUAUAUUUGAAAUUCAUUUUUCUUGUUAACAUUCUAAACAUUUGUAUAAAAGAAAAAAUACACAUUUUCUCUUUGAAUUG